AAUUUCUACUUUCUUUUUCCUUCUUUAUUUUUUUGCCCCCUCCGCUUUAGCUUUCGCAGCAUCAAUGGGCCCCUGUUCCACUGUUUGUGUGCUUUUGGCACCUACAAAUGCUCCUCUCCCCCUCCUCUUAUCUGCCACGGCCUCUUCACCCUCUCUCAACACCACCAAGUAGACUCGACUCUCGUCUUCGACGCCAAUUUCCCGUUUCACUUCAUCCAGAGUUUCUGUUUGGUUGAGAGAGAGACAGAGUGACCGUCGACCGACCACCACACUUCCUAAUAUACAUACGCACAUACACCACACAUCAGAAUGUCGACUGCCCGCAGAGCUCUUAACCAGGACCUCAAGGAGGAGAACAAGCAAGGGAUCAGCUCCAUCCUGGGGCUCGCUGGAGAUGGGCACUCUGAAAAGAGGCUCAAAACAGAGUUCCCAUUGAGGAGAACCCUCUCCGCCGACAUGUCGUCGAAGAGAUUCCUCGCUCAGAACGACCAUCACCACCAGUCUGCCUCCAUUAAGAAGGUCGCCUCCUCCGAAGAGAUCUCCAUCAGCUCCGGCGCCCCUGAGUCCGACGAGGACGACGACAACAGACCGAGCCAAUUCGACAUAUGGAGCUCGAUUCAAUCGAAGAAGUCGGGGCUCCAAUCUGACAACUCCCCACCAUACGUCCAUCCUCUGAUGAGGCGAUCGUCGAGCUCGCUGAGCAGCAAAAGUCUCGAGAUGUGCACCGAAAGCCUCGGCUCCGAGACCGGCUCUGACUGCACCAGCGUCAAAUCACACCCUUGGUUCUCCUUCUCUGCUCCUCCCCCUUUUUUCCUUUCUUCUUCUUCAGAAGAGGAAGACCAAGAGGAGGAGGACGAGGAGGAAGAAAAAGAAGGGUACCGGAGCUUUCUCCCACACGACGUUCUUGGUCGAAAGGUGCCGAAACCAGAGCUCCACAGACAGAAAUCUGUGAAUUACAAUUGCAGCUUAAGUCGCAGGUCUCCUUCACGACUCUUCCCACCUCCUCUGCCUUCGAUCAAUCGCCGGGACGGCCCCUGCUUGCACGUAAAGCCCCACCGGCAAGACGGCCGACUCGUCCUUGAGGCCGUCGCUGUCCCUCCACACAACUACCUGCACGCGGAACGCCGAGGCGGCCGCCUCCUCCUUUCCUUCAUCUCCACCACUGAACAGAAAGAAGUCCCUCACUACCCACUCCUUGAACAAGAAGCAGAAGCAGCCGCAGAAAAAGCGGAAGAGGCAGAGAGGAACGAGGGAGAAAUUGCUGAUCACGAGGAAGAAGAAGAUUGUAUAGAAGAGGAAGAAGGGGAAGAAGCAGAACAAGAAGAAGUACAGGAGGUGGUGAGGGUAGAGGAGAAGUGGAGAAGCAACGGGCCGGCGGUGUUGGAGCUGCACCGGUCGAUAGAGAAACUCAUAUCUCAGCCAUUCAUAAACAUGAAUCCAUGGCAGCAGAAGAAGGCGGUUGUUGACCCGGCGGCCGGCGACAACAAGCAGGCCCUGGUGGGGGCCGCGCGGGUGCCCCAGGGGCUCAACGCGUACGAGUGCUGCUGGAAAGGUGGCGAGCCAGGUGAAGGGAAGGUGGUGGGCAAGGUGAGGGCGGGGGCGGUCGUCCCUUCUUUCGCGGUGAACCCGAAGCCGGUGAAGGAGGCCACUGGGCUCGCACCUUCCUGGAGGUGUAACGAGCCUCGCCGGACCCACCACAUCUGGAUCUUGCAGCACUACUGCGUCGCCACCACCUGACACACAGUCCAAGGAGCGGAAGGCGGUGCCUCCCCAUCAUAUAUAAUUGCCGGAGAAAACCGAGAUAUCGAUUAUUAAAAAUAUUAAUUGUCCUUCAUAGGGUAUAUAUAUAUUAUAUACAACCUAAUAUGUACUGGCUUGCUCAGGAGCAGCCCCCCUCAUUAAAUGGUUCUUAUUGUACCUCAUGAUUUUUGCUGCUAUAGCAAGAUUUUGAUUGUUCA